UUGAAGCACAAGUAGGUAUGUGGCACCUCCACACACCUGAGAUGUGAGAAUCACAUUUUUACUGGUUGCCAAAGCCAUCUCUGCCUGUUUUGCACAAAAGUAACUCAACGUCUAGCUCAGUGUCUUGUUCUACCUCACGUCUUCUCCAUAUUGGUCUUUGCCCACAAGAAUUCAGUGACGGACAAAUCAGACAUCAGACAAAGCAGGGCGACUGAUCCUCCCUGUUGGCUCCAUGGCAGAAAAUAAUUAUAGUUGGUGGAAGUUAACCUUCCUCCGAAAGAAAAAAUCAACUCCAAAGGUAUUGUAUGAAAGUCCAGAUAUUUACGGAGUGGCCAAUGAUGAGAGUCUACAAGAGGGCAUGCCAGCAGAUGGGAGCAGUGGAAGCCGCAAUGAGCAGGAAUUCAAUGCUCGGCUAGAGAAAAUUGUGGACAAAAGCACCAAAGGGAAACAUGUCAAAGUUUCCAAUUCUGGACGCUUCAAAGAAAAGAAGAAAAUCAGGGCUACUUUGCCCGAAAACCCCAAUUUCUUUUCUGAUGGAGAACGGGAUGAUAAAUAAUGGCCAAGUGAAGGAGAUACUUUUCAUAAGCCCUUUUUUGAGGACAUUUCUCAGAUGAAGAGAAACUGGUAUUGACAGAUCAGGUUCAUUACAUUUGCUAAUGAAGUUAACGAGGGAGCCAUCUGAAACUCUAGGAUCGGUCCCUGAUUUUCAUGUGAAGUUUCCCCAAUGGAUGAACAUUAUGUUUAUUUUGUUUUCCUCUUUUUUUAAUUUAAGAAAUAAACAAUGCAAGAUUUGCAUUAAACAAAAGCUUAUGAAGGACUUAUAAAUGAGAAAGGAAAAUUGAGAGAUAGAGCACAGUACAGGGAACAUACACAGUACUGCUGAAUUCAGAUCAAUUACCCCUCCUUAGCUACUUUGUUAACCUUCUAAUCGGAGUAAAUAGAAAAUGUUUGUUUUACCACUCAGGCCUACCCAGCUCUUGACACACUUGAGGCAGCUGCUGGGAUAGGCCUCAUUGGUACUGGCGCCUGCUUUCGACUUCCUACCCUCCUCCCUGCUGUAAGCUUUCUCACAACAGCAGUUGAAUCUGACCAUCACUGAAAAUUAUCCGAACAUUCACCUUUUUAUUCUACAUCACGAUAGAAAAUUUAGAUGGGAAAUGUUUUUUAUCGAUUAAGUUGCUUCUUAUGGGUAAGCUUUGGUGGUCUUUUAAAUAUCAAUAACUAAGGCCAAUCAAUCCGAUGUCUGUACAUGCAAAAAUUCUACAGCAGUUCAUACACAUCUUCAUUUUUAAGAAACUUGAAAACAAUCUGAUAAUUACCAGAAAUCAGCAUGACCUGUCAAAAACAGAUCUUGCCAAAUGAACUUAAACAACAUUUUUGUUUGGAUAGAAUCCUUAGAUUGAGGGAAUGCUGGAGAUGUAAUUUAGCUUAAUUUCAGAAAAGCACUUUACAAAACAGCCCAUAUUCUGCUUAGCAUGCUACUUGAGUGUGAGUAGGAUGGGUGGCUGCAUACCUGACUCAAAAAUUGAGCUCAGAGUACUAAUAGGUGGUUCCUUAUAAAAUUGGAAUAAGGUAUUGUAGGAAGAAAAAUCCAAUCUGGUUCUAAGCCAGGAGAAUGGCGCUGGAAAUAAAAUGGAGGCUAAUUGGCUGCAAGGAAGGAAGGUUUAUUUGGUUUCCAGAAACUUCAGUGAAAAAGCAAUGUUUCUGGGUUGGCCAACCCCUUGGCUGGGUGAAUGGAUGGAUCUUUAUAGGGUUCUGGGAUUUUGUGAUUAAGAUGCUCUAGGCUAGGGGGUUUGUGCAAACCCCCUAGCCUAGGGGGUUUGAUAUUCUAAUGGUGGAGGGUUAAUAUAAAGGUCAUCUUCUGUCUUUAGAAUUUGGAUGGGGGAUGUAAAUUCUUAAUCCCAUCAGCUGUAAGGGCAGAAGGUGUUUUGUUUAUGACUAGAUCGGCUCAGUCUUUCUUAAUAGGUACAAAAUAUCCAUCUCUAAAGACUUAAGGCUUCUGCUUGAGACUAUUAAGAAAAACUGAAGCUAUUUUCUGCCUUGGUCAAUAUUUUUUUUCUGAAUUUCUUCAUUUAGGAAAUAUAAUAUUCUGCCUCUUUUUAAUAUUAAGAAUAAAGAAUAUUUUAAUUUGGGGAGGGAGGGCUUCCUAUAGUACCAUGUGGGUAGGGGGAAUAUCCUAGGUCCUAAAUUCUGAAACAUCAUUUAUUACUUGGAUAAAGAGACGAAGGGAAUGUUUUCCUGGAUUUGCUAAUGAUAUAAAACUGGAUAGAAUAUCUUUCAGAACAGAAAUAAAAUUUAGUAGUUUUUAUAAAAGAAAUGGGAUAAAAAUAUCAAUAUUAUUUAAUAGAGAUGAUUGCAAAAUUAUUUUCUAAGGAAGCAAAAAUUCUAUGGACAAAUUACAGUACCAAUAAAUUGUAAACUGAAUAAUGUGAUAUGCUUGAGGGGGGAAAAAGCAAAAGGCAAAUAUAAUUUUAGGUAGCAUAUAAAGAAAUACAGCUUUUAAAUAAAAAUUCUACUUGCACUUUGUUCUGCAUUUGAUAUGCCAAUUCUAUAUAGAAUAGAAUAGAAUAGAAUAGAAUUUUUUAUUGGCCAAGUGUGGUUGGACACAUAAGGAAUUUGUCUUGGUGCAUAGGCUCUCAGUGUACAUAAAAGAAAAGAUACCUUCAUCAAGGUACAACAUUUACAACACAAAUGAUGGUCAUAGGGUACAAUUUAACACUUAAUGAUACAACACUUAAUGAUAAGCAUAGGGUACAAAUAAGCAAUCAGGAACAAUCAAUAUCAAUAUAAAUCAUAAGGAUUACCAGCAACAAAGUUACAGUCAUACAGUCAUAAGUGGAAAGAGAUUGGUGAUGGGAACGAUGAGAAGAUUAAUAGUAGUGCAGAUUUAGUAAAUAGUUUGACAGUGUUGAGGGAAUUAUUUGUUUAGCAGAGUGAUGGCCUUCGGGGAAAAACUGUUCUUGUGUCUAGUUGUUCUGUUGUGCAGUGCUCUAUAGCGUCGUUUUGAGGGUAGGAGUUGAAACAGUUUAUGUCCUAGAUGUGAGGGAUCUGUAAAUAUUUUCAAGGCUUACUUGAAAAUAUAUAAAAUCUAACAUUUUAAAGUAUAGCAAUGAGGGUAACAGGUGUCUGGGAAGAGAGAUAUAAUCAGUGAUUUUCAAACUAUUAGAUAUGUAGACUUCAGCUCUCAGAAUGGACUUGGCAUAUUUGCGAAUUCUGGGAGUUGAAGUCCAUACAUCACGAAGUUGCCAAAUUUGAAAAACACUGGAUUAAAGAGACCAACAAGAGCUAUGGGCAUGUUUUUCAAAUACUUGACAGGAUAUAACAUUAAAUAGGGCACUGAAUAAUGGAUUUAAAUUACAGGAACAGAGAUUCUGAUUGAAUAUGUAUGAGAGGAAAAAUUACUUCUGAAUUAUAAGUGCUGUUUGACAGAGCAACCAUUACUCAGAGAAGUAGUGCUUCCCCUUUGUUGGAUGCGUUCAGGUGAAGAUUAGAUAAAUGAUCUAUCAGAUGAAGAUUAAAGAAAAUCAUCUAUAAUUGGAACAAUGGACUGGAACCUGUUGGCUUAAUAGCACCUACCAUAGUAUGACUCUUGAACGUUACGUUGACAGCAUCACUUUACCAAUUUACCAAAAAGCAAAGGAGAUUCUUCUAGUGAUUUUGAGUAUCGUCUUCGACUUAUGACAUACUAUAUAAUGAAGCCUGUUCAUAAUGGUCGUAAGUUAUGACAGUCAUUUAGCGGGUUGAUCAUAUAACCAAUACAAAUUUACAAUUUUUUUUUGUGGCAAUCAUUAAACAAGCAUCAUGGUCAUUAAAUAAAUCAAUAGGUCCAGUUUUACAAAAAUCCAGAAGUAAACGAGAAACAAAGGAAUAAGCUAUUUUUGUUUCCUUAUAUUUAACAACACCCUUUCUGGAAUAUAGCAAAUGAAUUACAAUAUAAAGUUCCUAUUAACUUUCUGUAUAAUUCUUCUGAGAAGAACAGCCAGUCCAACACCAACCUCCUCAUCUCAGAAUUUUCACUGCCACAUCAGGAAAAAAAAAACCCACAAGCUAUUCAACCUUGGACAUACUGUGGUAAAAAAUGAGGAAAGAUUUCCAAAAGUAGUCUUUGAUGAAGCUAAUAAAAUACAUUAUACUUUAGAGGAGGAGGAAAUCUUUUUACAUAGAGAUUACUGUUCAGUUUGAGCUGGAGGGGAACUGUUUCAAGAAACCUUGCUAUAUACCAGUGUUUAGUGGACUUCAACUCCAAGAAUUCCCCAGCCAGCAAAUCAGAGAUGUUAAAACAAUGGAAUAUUUUAACAGCUGAAAAUAAUGUAGUGCUGCACUAGAAGAAAACUGAAGAUCAUAAAAGGUGACUUUGUAAUCAAAGUUAGGGGAAUUUGAAUAGGGCACCAAUUCACCUAUUACAGUUCCCUCUUUAGUUGGCUUUUUUUCAUGUGUUGAUACAAAUCCCUGAUAAUCUGUUAAAUCACAUUUGGAUCUGUUCCAAUAUAAAGUAUUGUCUGAAUAAAAAAAUAAUAUAAGAAGCUAAUACAGCUUGAAGAUGAAUUUUAUUUGUCCAUUGAUAUCAAGAUGGUAUCUGAUCCAUGUAAUUCUGGAGGACAAAUCCAGCAUUUUUGCCAUCUGAUGCAGAGCACAAGAGCCUUCUCUUCCCAGUUUAUAGACUAGAUCCAACAGGUUUUACAAUUAAAUUUUUUACUUCAAAGUUGGAGGAAGAAUAGCAAAUUUCAUCCUAAUAUAGGACAGCAGAUAAGUUUAGUGGAAUCCCAAAGCGGUAUCUCAUUUCUCUGUAAAUGUGAUUAAUAAAUAAAAUGAAACCAUAUAUCUGCCCUCUUAAGAGAUACUACUACUAAUCUCAAUUUCAUAGUGAUUGGGUUCAUAAAUUACAUUAAGCCAUAGUUAUUGAAUAAACCCCUAUUGGUUGAUUUGGUACUAUAAACAUGAUUUAUAAGUUACUGUGUCUCAGUUCAGACAUUGUGUUAAAACACCAUCAAACAAUCACAUCACUUAGUGCAUUAUACGAAACCUGGCUAUUGUCUGAGGCAAGCUGUCAUUUUAUCCUACAAAAGUACUGGCCUUAGGGUACAUAAAAAUGUGGCCACAGUUUCACCCCAUUUUAUUUGAGUGCAAGUUUAUGUAUUUUGGGAACCAGUAUCCCCAUGACAUUAUUUAUUUGUCGGCCUGCAUUAAAAUCAGUAUCCCUCUUUUUUGCUAGGGAUACAAAACAUAAAUAGCAUUGAAUAUACAUUGCAGUGCACAGUAUGGACUGAACAGCUGGGUUUGUGGACUUCACACUUAGGCAGCUCAUGUACCAGAAAACAUAAUAAGGUACAGGUUGCCCUUGACUUAUGAUCAGUUGCUUAGUGAUCAUUCAAAGUUAUAAUGGACUUAUCUCAGGGCUAUGUACGACCUGGAUUCAAAGUUCCAACAAUCAUGUGAUAGAACUUUGGGUGCUCAACAACUUGGCUCCAUUUAUGUUUCCAGAAUCUUAGAGUCAUAUAAUUACAUUUUUUGAUAAUUUUGCUGAAAACCGGCAUUUACUUUUGGUGAUGAAUAUCUGUAACUUGGGUUAGGAUGAAGGUGGAGGUUCUUUCUCUGAGCUUAUGGAUUGGUUUCCAAAUGUUUCGUUACCAGGCUAGGUAACAUUUUUAGUGAAAUUUAGGGAAUCCCAUAAACUCUGCUGAAGAUGUCAUAUAAUCUGGUAAUGAAAUGUUUGGAAACUAACCCCAGGCUCAGAGAAAGAACCUCUAUUUUGUCUCUCUCAAUCUGUAACUCAGAACUCUUUAACACUACUUAGAAUAACUUCUUUAGAAUUUCCCCAAUAUCUCUUGUUAGGUAUCAGCAAGAAUAAUAUUUGAAAAGAAGAUUUAGACAUUUUCCCAUGCAUUUAUAAAUUCAGCCUCAAGCUUUAUUUUUAUUCCAUAUUCACAUCUGAAAUUCCAUUCCCUACGAGUCCUUUCAAUAAUGGCAAACAUUAAUUUACCUCUGAUUUUGUAAUUCUGAUCUACUAAAUCAGCAGAAAUGCCUUUAAAAUAUUUGCUUGCUACAUAUGUUCAGUUCAAGGUUGUUCUUUUCCCACAUUUACUGCAAUAACCUUCAGGCUAUUUCCUUUCAAAUUUGUCUAGCAAGCCACAUGAACUUUAGCUGCCAAGAACUACUGGUACAUUAAUAACUCAUCCAUCAACCUCAUUUUGCACUUGUAAAAAUUACAAUUUUGAUAAACUUUGAACAGCAGUUUUGUUGAACUCUGUAACAGUUUCUCUUGUGAUCUGGCAAAAAUCACCUGCUAUGUAACUUAUUCCAAUUGUCCUAAAUGGAUUUAUUAAGCAAACAAUUAAAAAGUGACCUAUUUCAGCUGUUUUUCCAAUAAAAGGGAAUGUUUGUACCUCAGGGUUGAAAUGAGAGGUCCUUGGUGCUCUCUGAGCUUGGUUGUUUUCUUGCAGAUAUUUCAUUACCAAACCAUAACAUUAUCAGUGCUAGUAAGGAGUGGGGUGUGCUCUCAGUUUAUAUUCUACUGACUUGCCCUGCCAACCAUUGGUGGGUUUGUGGUGGUGGGUUGUUUGCUGUUGGCUUGUUUGGUAAUUCUUUGAGUGGGAUAUUGUUCACUUCUUGACUGUUGAUCUGAUGCUAAUCUUAGUGUUAAUCUAUUGCCAUCUAGCUCUCAAUUGCUUUGGGGAUGUAUUUUGGUCUUUUUGCUCCUUUUUUUGGCCUGUUGAUUAUGCCUUUCGCACAGCACAUAGAUGUUAUGGAAGUCUGUUGAUGAUUCAAUUUCCAGAAUGCCAGGCUUCCAGGAAUUCUCUAAUGUUUUUGGACUUGGCUUGGUCUAGAAUGAUCAUGAUUUCCCUGAGGAACUACUUUAAAUUUUUAAAAAAUUAUAUGAAGAGACUCAGUACGAAAGGCCUUUGAUGUGGUUGUUAAGGUGCUGGAUUAGAACUGGAGAAACCCAAUUUUAAUCCUCUCAAAAAGCCAGGGUGGUGACCUUGGCCAGUCACUUCUCUCAGCCCUAAACAGGGGCUGGCUAUGACAAACUGGCUGAAAAACGAAACACCUACAAUGUUCAUCAGGUAUUGAUGACCUUGUACAAACUGAGCAACUGUGGUACAAACAAAUAGACUCUGCAUUGAGUGGGACAACCAUAAGAGGAGAAGGAAGGGAAACAUAGUCAAAGAUGUCUGCACUUAAUAUCAAGUCCUGCUUUAAAUUAUACCCCACAUAUCAAUAUUGCAUUUAUCUACAGGUGGCAAUACUUACGCAAACUUACCUGAUGUCAAAAAAUUAAGCCAGGUUUUGCAUGGUUGUGAUUUCAACAGGAUAUUGCCAGGAAAUCCUAAUCCUAGGCUGUAGGGAAAUUGAAGUGUGAAAUAAUUCCUGGAAGAGGGCAAGGGAAUCAUAUCCUGUGAUAGCAAUACAACUGGUUUGAUUCUUAUAACAAUGAAAGGGAAGAAAAUGUCAGUCUAAUUCAGAAUGUAUAGUGUUUUUCUGUGAACACAGGUCUCACAUUUCUGUCUGAAUUUUUCAGAAUUUUUCCAAUGAGAAAUAGCGAGGACUGUUUUUUACAGGAGUUGGCAGGGUGUGGUAUGGCAUGGAGGGAUAGUGCCGAUGCUGAAAAAAUGCUCAGUGGCUAAGACACUGAGCUUGUUGAUCAGAAAGGCCAGCAGUUCAGCAAUCCCUGGUCCAGGUUUCCUGUGUGAGCAGGGGGUUGGACCAGAUGACCUCCAUGGUCCCUUCCAACUCUGUUACUCUUAAAUGGAUUGUAUGACAAACAGAUGGCAGCAAAGAUAUUCUGUAGACUUUACUACAUUCUGGUGAUUGUCUAGAUUUUGACAGCCCAGUUAUGGUCACCCUAAGCAUAAUUAUAAUCUAACUUUCACAAAUCUGCCAAAAUUUGAUGCAACAGAUUAAGCCAACUGUUUUUAGGAGCAUGGUUUAUAGUUUAGCACAAUCUAGGAACCUUCCCUUUUAAGCAAUGACCUGCUGGCACUAAUUCUGUGUCACUAGAAUACAGGAGGCACUGGGUACCCAAGCUCCAGUCCUUUCUUAUUCUUUGUAAAAUAUGUUUUAAUUUGUUCACUCACUCUACUCUAACCAAAAGAAGCUACAUUUCCAGGCAGUAAAGAAUGAGGAUGGGCUCAUUCUAGGACAAAGAAUCUCUUAUUUUGGUAAAAGAUAAGAAGGAGAAUGGGAAAUAAAGGAAAUACAUUUCCCUUGGGGCAAACCUGGAUCCAGUAAAAAACAAAAGUUCAUACAAUGUAGUCUUUCUUCAUACUGAAAUAUCCCUGCUUUAUUGCUCGUUCAUUUCAGAAAUUGAUGCACUGAGGUGUUUAAAAAUAGAUUCUUUAUGUAACUAUUCUGUUUUGGAUCAGCGCUUAUAAAGAAACCUGUUCACUUGCAUAUGAAAUUAUCUUCCUACUUAUUUCCCUUCUCUAUUUUGAUCAAAAAGCAUCUAGGCUAUCAGCAAUAUGAUGCUUUUCAAUGGUCACGUUGGAUAAGGAUUAUGACAUUUUUUCUUGUUCAUUUACCGAAGACAAUGGUUUAGGCAAACUUAUUUCACAUCCAUUUCUUAUCCUAAGGGAAGACAGCUAUUAAGCUUCUGGAAGGUUUUCUUAGAAAGAAAAACAAAAGCCACCAAUCCCUCAGUUAGAAUCAAGCCACUACCCCAAGGUCUGACAACUAUGUUCAACCAUGUAUUUACUUGAAAGGAAAUGCAUAGAGUCCCCAAUCUACCCACUACUGCCUGGCCAUUUACUCCUAAAAUUCUUGUAUUGUCUGAUACAUUACACACAGAUUUGCCCAAUAGAUUAGCUUUUUUGCUUUUCUUUUUCAAGGAGUGGGAAGAACUGUCUUCAAUUAAAUUUAGAGUAAUCUUUCUUUCUAUUCAUAACAAGACAUAGUUAUGAAUCCUUUACGAAUCUAAAGUGUAUUAUUGUCCUUUGCAAUUGAUUCAGUCGCUUAUAUUCAAGACACCUGACCUGAUUAAAAAUCUCCCACUCAGAUGUAAAAUGCCACCUGUGUUUCUGCUUCAUAGAUCCAGUUACACAGGGAUACAAUAACUCAAGGGCAAAUGUGAUCUUUAUAGCACAUGUCAUUGUUUUUUAACUGUGAUUUUACAGUUUAAACCUAAUCUUGUAAAGGUUAGUUUCACUCCAAAGUUGUCUUGUUAAGCAAACAUUUGUGAUGAAGAAUCCUACAGUCAAGAUCUGAAACAGAUUGAAUUUCCAAGUGGCAUAAAUUAGAACAAGAUUCCUCCUCCCCAUCAAAAUAUUUUUUUAAAAAAAUCUUGUCAAAUUUCAUGACAGUAGGGCUGAAGGUCAUUCGUUGGGCUUUUAAAGAUUGCUUUUUCUUUUGAAUUGCAUUUAAUCCCAUCAACUAUCAAGAACAUGGGGGGGCAUUAAAUACCCCAAGUUAUAGAAUCCAGUUUGAAGAGCCCAUUCAUUCCAUUCAAUUAUUCUACAUCCUUGCUCAAAAUGUAAUACCAUCUCCCAACCCAUAACUGAAAUCUUUCUUUCCAAAAUAGGACUCACUUGGUAUAGAGCUGAGGUAUGGACUUCAUCUCCCAGGAUUCCACAGCUAACCAUUCUGGGAGUUGAAGUCCACACAACCAGAGGCUCUGGGAUUUGGGUGGAUAAGUGAUAAAAUUGUUUUUUUAAAGGGAUUCAAAAGAGAGUGGGGAAACCUAUUACAUUUAAUUGGGGGGAAAUCUUAUCUGGGUUUUUUUGAGGGGGGGCAGAUAGAUUGGCUUUGGAAAUUGGAUUUAUUGCAUUUAAUCAAUCAGCAAUUGAAAAGAAAUAGCAUGAAGAAAUGCGGGUAUUUGAUCCAGGACCAAUUAGGUUUAAUUUUUUUGGGAUGAUUUUAGAUUGAAGAACAUGGUAAAUUUUCUACAAGUUGAUUAUAUUGACAGUUUGUUAACAGAGUUUUGGAAUUUUAAAUUGUCUUUUUUCAUUAUUAUUAAUAAUGUUUAUUAUUUUUAUAUAUCAUUACUAUUGCUUUUCCUUUUAAUUACUUUGUUAUUGAUAUAGGCUAACAAUUUGUAAACAGAUUUAAUAGUUGGGUAGUUUUAAAUUUUUUUGGUCUGUUUUGUAAGUGGUGGGAGAUUAAUAUUGUAUUAUAUUAAUCGGCAUUCAGUUAGGGAGGAUAUUAUGUGUAUAUAUGUUAAUCUUUUUUUUUCAAGACUCUUUAAAUGUUUAUUGUGUUUUUUUCUUUUUUCUUUUGGUGUUUUGUAUUUUAACUUUUCUUGAAUAAACUAAAUGUUAUUCUAUUCUUAAAGUCUCUGAGAUUGAGAAUCAUGAUAUCACCCACAACAGGGGUGUCAAACUCAUGGCCCGCGGCCUAGAUGCAUCAUGCGCUGGCUAUGCCCACGCCCGUUUAGCGAAGGGGGGGGAAAAUCAUGAUAUGUGAUGACACCAUGAUGAUGCGAGUUUGUCACCCCUGGUAUAGAGGAACCACAGUUCUCAAAAUUCCAAGAGGAAGAUCACCAUAUUGGGGAAGCAGAUUAGUUGGGGAAUUCUGGGAGUUGAAGUCCACACCUCUUAAAGACUCUGAGAUGGAAAAUGCUGAACUACAACUCUCAAGAUGUGGAGAUGAAGAUUAUCAGAUUAGGGAAGUCAAUAUCUCUUUAUCACUAUGAUAAUCCCUUAAUUUGACAGUGCUGGAAAAGACAAAAAAAAUUGUUGUAGCCCAAUUUUUGGGGUCUCAAACUUGAAAAAGGUUCCCUGCUAAGCUUCUGAUAUACUUAGUGCAAGAAAAAAGGUUGAUCAGUGGAAAAGCUAGCAUCACAGCAAAUGACUCAAGGUUCGCACCCCUCUGUAAACCACAAACCAACCCACAGGCGUUUGCACAACUAGACUAACAAGUGAUUGGUUUGUUUGUGUUCCUACCUGUAGGAGUACAGCCAAUAUGUUCCUUUCUAAAAUCAAUAGCACUAACUCAAGUUGGAAGCCAGACAGGGGCCUCUUUUGCAAUCCACAGUAUAUAAUGAAGGAGGUGAGAACUGCUUCCAAUUGCUCAGCUGCUUAAUUGUUCUGCACAUGGGCAGAGGCAGAGUUUCCUUCAUUACUCUGAAUACAAGCCAAGAAGCCACAGGCUUAAAAAGGAAAGUAGGUAUCCAGGGAACAUUCCACAAAGCAGGGGACUCACCUGGCCUUUAGGGAAUCCCAUCAUUCAAAUAACUUACUGCAAGAGAUCCUCACUUGUGAUUAGAAAACAAAAGAGCAGUGACUCAGAAGGCAAAUACAUUCCGGAAGCUCAGCAAGGGCAAAAGGUUAUCACAGCUGCAGUUUCACUGGGAUGCAACCCAAGAGAACCGAUACUUGAACAGUCCCUAGAAAUCUCCUUCUAGCGCCUCCUGGUGGAAAGCAAAUUAAAAGCAUUCUUUUACCCUUUUCUCUAAGGAAGAUGUUACAGAUAGUCGUCGACUUACGACCACAACUGAGCCCAAAAUUUCUGUUGCUAAAUGAGAUAUUUGUUAAGUGAAUUUUGCCCCAUUUUACGACCUUUCUUGUCACCAAUGUUAAAUAAAUCACUGCAAUUGAUAAGUUAAUAAUCUGGUUGUUAAUUCUGGCUUCCCCAUUGACUUUGUCAGGUUGCAAAAGAUGAUCACAUAACCUUGGGAUACAGCAAUGGUCAUAAGUAUGAACCAGUUGUCAACAUCUGAAUUUUGAUUACAUGAUCAUGGGAAUGCUGCAAAGGGCGUAACUUUGAAAAAUGGUCAUGUCACUUUUUUUCAGUGUGCUGUAACUUUGAGCAGUCAUUAAAUGAACUGUUGUAAGUCAAGGACUAUCUGUCUUAAAAUAACCAUUUUCUAUAUUUUUCUUUUUGGAUCUCGAUUUCAGAACAUUCUGCAAAAACACGAAAGCAUUGUAGUUGUUCCAUUCUUUUGCCCUUCUCAAGUUCCAAAUCCCAAAUUCUAGACAUCUGUGUAUCUUAGAAGACAAUUUAAAGAGCUAGAAAUAACAACUUGAUUUUUGCCCUUCAUGCUGUACUUUGCCAAAUAGGUUUCCAUAACUGUGGGAGAGGUGGCUCCAUCCUCCAGAAGUUAAAACUGCUAAUUUCUAUCAGCUGCCUGACAUUUUAGAACUAUUGUGUUGCCAAGAUUCUGAGACUACUCCUUAGUAGAUAGAUCAAUGGAUAGAUCGGUCUCUUUAGAACAGGGCUAUUAAACUCCCAGCUUACCGGCUGGAUGCAUCACAUGCUGGCCAUGCCCACGCCCAGUUUAGCAAAGGGGGAAAAAGUCACAAUAUAUCACGUGAUGCUGCUGUGAGGACAUGAGUUUGAUACCCCUGCUUUAGAAUAUAAAUAGCUUACUUAUAUUAGGUAAAAACAUUUAUCCUUCUGCUCUAAUGUUGUCUUAUUCUUACUAGCAGCAUUUUUCCAGAACUCUGUAAUAGGAGUAUUAGUUUCACUAGCUUCUAUGUCAUCUUUUCUUGAAGGAAAUCUGGGAUUGGAUUUCACCCAAAAUUUGGGGCAUUCUAUGGACAAGACACCUUACCUUUGAGCCUUUCUCUGGAGAAAGUUGUAUAAAAAUGAUACUAGUUAAAAAUGUAAGAAAGGCAAAUGUUUUUAGAAUAUGGAUAUCUAAAAGUAUGAAUCUGAUACUCUAGUUUGUCGGCUGGGAAAUUCUGGAAGUUGAAGUCCACACAUCUUAAAGAUUCCAAGGUUUAGAAAUAUUGAUCUAUUAUAAGAAGGGAAACAAAAAAAAUAUUGUUAAUAGUAACUGAUCCAGCUGAGUUUAGUUGGGAGUAUGGCUGAUGUAAAGUCUUAGAGCAGAGGUAGGCAAUUAAUUUUCCCAAGAGGCCACAUGAGAAACAGGUUGUGAAGGGCUGCUUCUGCCUCCCCUCCUUCAGUGAAAGGGAAGGAUGUGAUCUAUGGACCAUAAAAUGUCCAAAUCCAUCUUAGAGCAUAUGAAAUAUAGAAGAGACAUCCUACUGUACUGAGAAAAUUCAGAAAGCAAUAAAACAGGACAAAGUUAAUAUUAAACUAUGCUCACCUUCAACUAUCAUUCGCUAACUUUUAUUGUCCAAAUGUACAUAGUCACAGAAUCAAUUAAGUACACAACAGCACAAAGAUAGGUCAGUCAGACAGAACAACAAUUAUUAAGGUAAUGACACCACUUAAAUAUUUUUUUACAAAUAAC